GUAGAGCUGCUGGUGCAGGUAGUUUUAGUUUACUGCAGCCUGUUUUUAGAGUAGUUUGGGUGGAAACAGAAGGUUUAUUGGUGUUAAUGGACACUGGUCUGCUAGGAUAAAGGGGCUGGUACGUGCUGGAGGUGCUGAAGGUGCUGUAUUGUUAGUACCUGCGUGUGUCUGUGUUGAAAUGGUUACCUGGAGCUCCUGACAGGACCGGCACUCCUGUAACACUCUAUUGUGACCAUCUAAAGUCCUCUGAAAAGACCUUGUGAAGACCUUUGCUACAAUGCAUUUUGCCACAGCCAGCGGUGGAUGGUCUCUGGAGGAGGAGGAUCAUGUGGAGGAUGUGGGAGUGCUGGAUUUGCUGGAGUGUCCUUUGUGCAUGGAGCCACUGGAAGUGACAGCCAAGGUCCUGCCAUGCCAGCACACCUUCUGCAAGCCAUGCCUUCUUCGUCUGGAGUCGUCGUCACCUUCACGCCUGCCCAUAUGCUGCCCAGAGUGCCGCGCCCCUCUCUCAGGCAGGGUGGAGGACCUGCCCACUAACCUGCUACUGGCUCGACUCAUACAGGGCCUCCAAAGGGAACGUCUGACAACACCGAGGAACAGAGGUGGAGUGUGCGUGAGCUCCACAGCUCAGGACGGCAGUGUGGUCGAGGUUCUUCAGCCGGUCCAGCAGCAGACGGGCCAGAGCACUCAGGGGGUGCUGGCUAAAGCCUCGUACAACUACCAAAGCAAUGGACCCGGAGAGCUCGCCAUGAAAUCCGGCGACAUCGCCGGUCUCCGCUGGAGAGCUGAUGAAAACUGGUGGCACACCGAUGCCAAGGGGAGCGGUGGUGUCAUUCCCACCAAAAUGGUGCAGGUGUUGAGUGAUCAAGCCCAGCCUGUGGCCCUGUGCCGGGCACUCUACGACUUUGACGUGAACAGGCUGGACCCUGAGGACAGGAAGGAAUGCCUGCCCUUCCUAAAGGGAGACCUCAUUAGUGUCAUUAAGCGGGUGGAUGAGAACUGGUGUGAAGGGAGACUGAGGGACAGGGUGGGGAUCUUUCCUCUGCAGUUCACUGAGCCUAAUCCCACCACUCUCAAACUCCUCGGGAGAGGCAAGGGUGUUGACGGUGCGGAAUCUCGACCUCAGGACACGAGGCAAAGCAGGGGCCGCAGGCGGGUCUCUGCAACCACCAGGCCUCCUCAGGUCAGCCUCCUGAACAGCCUGAACAGUCGACCUGUCUACGGCCACGCUCAAAGCCAGCACCCCCAGUACAGCGGACCCGCGGCUCCACCUCCACCACCUGCCCAGGGGAAAGCAGCCCAGCUCGGCCCGGCCUCCAAGCAGCGGACAGGUGGAAGUGCUCGCAGAAGCCUGAGCAAGGGUGAAAGGAAAAUGAAUGGUGAAGCUCCUCCAACCAUCACUAUGGCUCUGAUCAACCCCCAGGCCCCUCCACCUCCCCCAGAGAGCAAACAGUCCUCCACCCAGCAGCUCUCUAUCAGUGUGUGUGCAGCGCUGUACUCGUACAGCCCCCACCGGCCCGAGGAGCUGGAACUGCGGAAGGGCGAGAUGGUGGGAGUUUAUGGGAAGUUUAAGGAAGGCUGGUUACGUGGCCUAUCGCUCCGGACUGGCAAAGUGGGCAUCCUGCCUGCCAACUAUGUCACACCUGUGCUCAGAACGUCUGCGAGGUUUUUGGAGCAGCUGAAGCCGGCUGCACCCAUCGCGAGCGCUUCUGUGUCCACAAAGAGAUACACGCACCAGAAGCCCCAGGCUGUGGUGCUGGCCCUGGAUAAAGUUAAGACUGAUGGGACUUCUGCUGCCCCAGUAAUUGCCAUGCCGCCUCAGCCGGCCGUGUCAUCUGGCGGAGCGUCGAGAGCUCCUCAGGCGGGAGGCAAGCCUGGCUGGGACACGGUCAGACGGGCCUUCCAGCCCUCGCACAGAGGGUCGCCCCACCGAAACAGCUACCAUUCCCAAAGUGCAGCCCAGAGCUUCCAGCCCCCGCCUCAGGAUCUGGGCCAGAUCUACGGAUUUGGCCGCUCCCCUGUUCUCCCCAGGAAGAGAAAUGGUUUGUUUACAAAUCCCAUGAAGCCUCAACACUGGACUAGUGAAGGACUGACACCCUCUGGUGGUGGCUAUUAUACAAUGGAUGCCAAAUAUUCCCUCCCAAAAGAAACGUCUACUUCACCUCAGUCCAUUCUGGUUAAGCCAGAUUCAUAUAAGUACAACACAGAAAAGCCUGUGAAGACAGUGCGUUUCUCCACUGAAGAACUUUCCCAGACCACGCCCAGGUUGAGCUCACUGUCCUCUGGAACACAGAUAAUGGGGAACUCUCAGAGCUCCUCUGCGGCUCUGGAACACUGGAACCCAUCUGCGAUUUUGGGUCGGGACGGAAGCACGUCAGUUCUUAAAGACACAAAGACGCUUCUGCAGAGAAAAGGACCUGCUCAGAAUCAUUCCACUGUGGAUGGCCUCCCUUUAACCAUCAAGCCACCAAUAAUCAAUUCCCAGUCCAGUCCCAGCAGACACCGGGUGUUGAUGGGAUACAAUGCACAGACUGAUGCAGAGCUGAACCUUCUGGAAGGAGAGCUGGUACUGGUCCAAAGGCCUCGACUGGAUGGGAGGGUCCUAGUGACCCAGGAGAUCACUGGACGAACAGGCCUCUUCCGCAACAGUAUUCUGGACAUAUUGGACAAAGUAGUCUGAGUGCCACUGUCCUCGUAUGUGUGUGUGUGCGCGCGUGUGUGUUGUUGUUGCUUUGGAUUCACAUGGAGUGAGUCUGUUACAUAAGGAACUCUAUAAGAAAGCAAUAUUCUCCAAUAUGUUUCCGUGCACCGCAUGCCUCGUCUCAGUCAGCAGACACAACCAAACCCCAGAUCCUGCUCAGACGUGUUCCUCUAUGUCGCCCAUCACUUAUGACAGAUACUAGUGCCUUUGCUUGGGGUUUUGAUGGUCAUAUGCACUUUGAGGGAAAUGAUGAUUUAGAUGAAACCUGCUUGUAUUAUUGACACUUGAACAAAAAACUGUUAAAUGGACGAUGAGAUUGUUGAGGUUGUCUCUGAGAGCACAAGAUUCUGAUGUUUGAAUGCAGUAACUAUACAGGGUAGGUUUGUAGGUUUGUCAUUAUACAGCCGUGAAACCUGUUUGAAGUUCAUUUUCAAUACAGGAAGAAGAUGACGUUGUCCUUUAACCCCCUGUAAUUUACUUAAAGCUAACCCUUAAUAUUUGGUCACUUUAUUUUUUUGAACUCUGGGAAUAUAAAAAAUAAAUUAUAAAUGAUGUUG